AUGCUGUACCACUCCAAGAUGUCCUCCCUCCUUACCAACCUCGGCCUCACCGCCAACAACUCGCUUGCCCCCCUUCCUAACUACGGACCUUACUUCCUACUCGGCAACUUCUUCCUCAGCUAUGUUCUCACCACAACUCGCUUCCAAAAGACGGGCUACGGUGUCGACAACAACAUGAACCCUCGCUACGACCUCGUCUCUCCUCGCGCCGAACAGCUCGUAUCCAAGGGCAAGAUCACACAAGAGCAAUUGGCACAACUGCAACGCAUUCAGGCUGCUCACUCGAACUCGAUGGAGCACUACACCGUCUUCGCUGCCGCCGUCUUGUGCUCAAUGGUCGCAAAGUUGGACAGUGGCAUGCUCAACAAAUAUGCUACCUUGUACACUGUCAUUAGAGCUGCAUACUUCUUGGUUUACAGACAGAACACUACCAGACAGGCUGCUGGUGUCAGAAGCGUGCUGUGGUGGGCUGGAAACAUUGUUUGCAUCCGCCUUUUCUGGUUCGCCGGCAAGGCUUUGAACGCACAUGUUCUGUAG